UCCUCACCCGGGUGCCUAGAGAUGUCUCCGCCACCUCUGCUGCUGCUGCUGCUGCUGCCGCCGCCGCUGCUGUUGACCGUGCAGACCGCCGGGGCCACGCUGAUCCGGAUCCCGCUUCGCCGAGAGGUCUACACGGGAAGCAGGACCCUGAACCCACUGAGGAGAUGGGGGAACCCAAAAGAGCCGCUCAGGUUGGGGACCCCAUCCCCUGGGGGCAAUUCCACCUUUGUGCCUAUCUCCAACUUCAUGAACGCCCAGUAUUAUGGGACAAUUGGGCUGGGGACACCCCCUCAAAACUUCUCUGUCGUCUUUGACACUGGCUCCUCCAAUCUCUGGGUCCCGUCCAAGAGAUGCCUCUUCUUCAGUCCGCCCUGCUGGUUCCACCAUCGCUUCGACUCCAAAGCCUCCAGCACCUUCAAGCCCAAUGGGACGAGGUUUGCCAUUCAAUAUGGAACUGGGCGGCUCAGCGGCAUCCUGAGCGAGGACAAGCUGACUAUUGGAGGAAUCAAGGGCGCAUCAGUGAUUUUUGGGGAGGCUUUGUGGGAGCCCAGCCUGGUCUUCACGUUUGCCGUCCCUGAUGGGAUACUGGGCCUCGGCUUCCCCAUUCUGGCGGUGGAUGGAGUUCGGCCCCCACUGGAUGCUCUGGUGGACCAAGGUCUACUGGAUAAGCCUGUCUUCUCCUUCUACCUCAACAGGGACCCUGCCGUGGUUGAUGGAGGAGAGCUCGUCCUGGGUGGCUCGGACCCAGCACACUACAUCCCGCCCCUCACCUACGUGCCAGUCACGGUCCCUGCCUAUUGGCAGAUCCACAUGGAGCGUGUGAAGGUGGGCACAGGACUGACUCUCUGUGCCCAGGGCUGUGCUGCCAUUCUGGACACAGGCACAUCUCUCAUCACGGGACCCACCGAGGAGAUCCGGGCCCUGCAUAAAGCCGUCGGGGGAUUUCCCUUAUUGGCAGGGGAGCACUGGAUCCCGUGCUCGAAAAUCUCAACGCUCCCUCCCAUCUUCUUUAACCUUGGGGGGGUGUGGUUUAACCUCACGGCCCAGGACUACGUCGUCCAGAUGACUCUGGGUGGCGUCCGCUUCUGCUUGUCUGGCUUCGAGGGUCUGGAUAUACCUCCGCCUGAAGGGCCCUUCUGGAUCCUCGGCGAUGUCUUCCUGCGGAACUAUGUGGCGGUCUUCGACCGCGGGAACCUGAAAGAAGGUGCCCGAGUGGGUCUGGCGCGCGCUCGUCCUCCUGCUGUCGGACAGCGACGGGUGGAUCCGCGCAGACGCAGUUCUCCGUUUGAAGCCGUGGUUAGACGCAUGCGCACCGGAUGAUAGUCGAGGCCCCGCUACUCAGUAAAAAUUCGCGAUUUCCAUUGAACCUACCUGAGUAGAUUCUCUUUUCUUUUUACAUGGGUUGUUUUUGGAGAGAAAAACUAGUGUCCGGAUCUCUGUAGUUAAGGAAAAGGAUAAUGGUAUCUCUCCUUCAGGGCUCACACUGGUGUGGGUGUCCUAUACUACGAAUCCCAUGAAGCCCUACUCCGCACUGCCUCUCGUCAAAGGCACCCGGCCCGCGGAGCAUCACGGACAUUGUAGUCCACGUCGUGUUCACGGCAGGCUGGUGGCGGGCACAGACCCAAGGUGGGAGGCGACAGGUCGCGACAGCAGCGACAGGUGG